AUGUAUUUAAAUUACGAUUACAAAUCCUCAUUUGGUGUUUUCCCAUUUAUAGUUAUAAUUGCUAAUGAAACUAUUUAUUAUUCGGCCAAUGCAUUAUGUGCCCUUUUAGGUUAUAAGUACAAUGUAAAGAAGGCAAUUCAUCGGCUCAUCCAACCAGAGUUACAACUCUAUGCUGCACAUUUAGAACAAUAUGUAAACGUAAAAACUAAUUGUGCAAAUAAUAUCAUCUUGACAACUUACGAUGGACUUUUACAAUUUUUGUGGAGAUCUAAAUCUAUCGAAGUGAAACCUUUUUAUAAGUGGUUUAAAUCACAAUUGGAACCUGAAUUGUUUAUACUGUUAGAAUUACACAAAUCAUCUAUGAGAAGGAAAACAAUAAAGAGUGUUGAAACACAAACAGAUGAUAUGGAAAUUCCGAGAAUAAUGUUUUAUUCUCCAAAUUACGAUUUUAAAACUCCAAAUUACGAUUCUGAAGCUCCAAAUUACGAUUUUAAAACUAAAAAUUACGAUUCUGAAGCUUCAAAUUACAAUUCUGAAGCUUCAAAUUACAAUUCUGAAACUUCAAAUUACAAUUCUGAAACUCCAAAUUACAGUUCUGAAACUCCAAAUUACAGUUCUGAAACUCCAAAUUACAGUUCUGAAACUCCAAAUUACAGUUCUGAAACUCCAAAUUACGAUUCUGAAGCUACAAAUUACAAUUCUGAAACACUAAAUUACAAUUUUGGAGCUACAAAUUAUAAUUCUGAAACUCCAAAUUACAAUUCUGAAACACUAAAUUACAAUUCUGAAACUCCAAAUUACAAUUCUGAAACACUAAAUUAUAAUUCUGAAACUCCAAAUUACAAUUCUGAAACACCAAAUUACAAUUCUGAAACACCAAAUUACGAUUUUAAAACUCCAAAUUGCGAUUCUGAAACACCAAAUUACGAUUUUAAAACUCCAAAUUACGAUUUUAAAACUCCAAAUUACAAUUAUGAAACAUCAAAUGACGAUUCAAGUAUUUUGAAUAAAGAGUCUUCUAACAUUGUAUCCAACACUCACGAAUCUAUAAAUUCUCACCUUUCAGAUGAUGAAUACAUUGACGACCCCUUCGAAUCUUUUUUACAACCUUCUACAGACACUGAACACAUUCAAACUUUGCAAGAUACUCUGUCAGAAUUAAAUGACCAAUUUUCAGAGUGUCAUCAACAGUUGAAUGUCUGCAAAACGUCUAAUGCUAGUUUGGAAAAAGAAAUUUAUGCGUUGAAAGAGCAAUGUCAGGUAUUCGAAUGUGAGUCAGCCAAAAUAUUACAAAAACGACUCGAGGCGUGUACCCAAGAAAAUAAACUGAUUGAAACUCAAGAAACAUACUUAAAAUUACUCACACAAAAGAAUGAGCUCGAUGUUGACGUGUUAGAAAAGCAGAAGGAGAAAUUUGAAUUGGAAAACUCCAUCACUACGUAUCAAAAGAAUCAGAAUCGAUACAAAGAGUUGCAAUUAGAGUUGGAAAAAACGAUGGUAGAUUUAGAAUCGAAGCGAAAAGAGCUGCUCGUGAAUCGUAACGAACUGUUGGAUCAAUUGGAAAUGGAAAAACAACGUUUGCCUGCCUUGCGAGAGAGUUUAAAACUGAUGGAACAGGAAGAGUUGGACAGUAAAUCUAAAAAACAAUUAUUGGAAACUGAAAAAUCCAAAUUAUUAAACCAUAUACAAGAAUUAAAACGCAAUGCUUCUCUCUGGGAAAAUGAAAAGUCGGUAUUGAACACUCAACUCUCGUCUUUGCAACAAGAGAUUCGAGAUCAAGAAUCCAACAUUUUUCAAUUAAAAGACAGUAUGAAACAACUCCGCAAAGACAAGCAAACACUUAUGGAACAAUACACGGCCGAACACGAUACAUUUUCUCGCUUACAGAAAAACAUAGAUAAUUUAAAUAGACAAUUUGUCGAAAAGGAAAAACAACUACACUCUUUGGAAAAAGAUAUAGUGCAUUUAAAUGAUACUUCUUUGCAAUACAAGCAAGAUAAAACAGCGCUCGAGGAUGCCCUCUCUGAGUUGAAAGACAACAUGUGCAAAUGUCAAAGCAAAUGUGACUCUUUUAGUUAUGAAAAAGUUCAGCUGGAAAAACAGAAUUUGCACCUCGAACUACAGAUAACAACGUUAAAAGGGAACAUUUCUGAAACUGAGAAAACGAUUGAGUCGUUGAAAUUGACUAUUCUAAAUUUAGAAAAUAACCUAGGUAGUCUUACACGCCAACAAUUAGCAUGUGAACAGGAUAAACUCAAAUGUGAAGAUCAACUGAAAGAGUGUCAAUCGUCCUCCGAGAUUAACGUCAAACACUGGAAAAAUCAAUAUGAUCUCAUAAAAAAACAAUGUGUUCAUUUUAAAGAAAAAUAUGAUCAAUUGCAAACAUUACACAGUAAUCUUACACAAUUUAUAAAGUCAGAGGUGGAAGAUGAUCCCAUGAUAGUUGACGAUCCUUUAUACGAGCUCAUGAAAAAUUUGUUAGAGCGCAGAAUCAGAGAAGCUCAGAAAAAAUCCCAGACCACCAUUACUGAACAACAUUUACAAAUUGAACGACUUCGUCAAGAAGUGAAUCAAUUAAACGCGACAUUAAAAACGUCUCGAUGCGAGGCUAUUGCUUUAAAAGCACAAUUUGAUACAGCUCAAAAUAAAUAUUCCAAAUUAGAUCAAAACUACCAGAUUAAGGCAAAAACCAUUCUUAAUUUAGAGAAACAAUUACACGAUUUGACAGAAAAUUAUUCUAUUCUACAAAAACAAUUACAAGCAUCAAAUGAGGAAAAAGAGAAUUGGUUGGAGCAAAAAGAAAAAUUGGAGCAGCAAUUACAAUCAUUGUCUGAUGAGCAAAUGUGGGAUAUAUCAUCAGCUCAAAAGGAUUCAUUGGUACCAAAAAUAAAUGUACCUUUGUCAAGUCGAGCAUUACAAUUCAGAGCAAAAGGAAUUAAGAAAAAAUAUUUCAAAACAUUGAAAAGUAAAGCUAAAUCCACACUUCCAUUUGAUACUUGUAAAAAUCAAUUUGAGGAACAUGCCAGCACGAUUCUAAAGUUAAAAGAAAGCAAUAAACAGUUAAAGAUUCAUUUAGAUACUCUUCAACAUGAACACGAGGAAAAGAUGAAAGAAAUUACACAAUUAACAGAGAAAAACACCAAGUUACAAACAAAAAAUGACGAUUUACAAACGAGAUGUGACGAUUUACGAAAGAGAUUUGACGAUUUACAAACAAAAAAUGACAAUUUAACCACAAAAAAUUUCGAAAGUCAAAACGAAUUAGAUAGUUUACAAGAUCAAUUCAAUGUUUUGAAAAAGGAUUUGAAACAAAAAACCAUAGAGAUGGAAACAUUAGAUGAAAAAGAUAAAAAAUUGGCUGAAAACUAUAAGGCAUUACAAGAGAAACUACGUCAAAGCAAAACACACGUGAUGGAAUUAAAAGAGAAAAAUAAAUCACUACAAGAGGAAAUGAAGAUAUUUGAAGAACCCACUAGUCAGCAUCUGACGCCCAAAACAGUACCUACGCCAUCAUCCGUUUACAUUAAAUUAAAAAAAGAAUCAAAAGCAAAGGAGGAAAAGUUAAAAGCCGAAUUGGAAACCAAAGAGAAAGAAUUAAUUGCUAAAAAUGAAAUAUUCGUAACUAAACUGAGAGAAGUUGAAAUUUAUAAAGAAAAAAAUAGAAAAUUACUCAUUGAAUUGGAAGACUAUAAACAGAAAUAUUUAAAAAUAAAAAAUCAAUUAGAUAGUGAACAAAUGAUGUGUGAAGAUGUACAAUUUCAAUUACAACAAUCUCGAAAGAAGCAAUCGCUUAAGAGAUCAUUAGAAAUCGAUUAUGAAGAAGAGCCGUAUGUGAACAAACAAUCUCGAAUGGAAGAAUUGACAGUGAAAAUAUUGAAAUUUAUGUUUGCAGACAUAUUUGGCCGCUAUUUUCAUUUGUAUUACAAUCAAUUAAAUCAGGUGAGAAGCAUUGAUUUUGAGGAGCAAAAAGUCAAAUUGAUGGAAUUGUGUAACAGUUUGGAUGAAGAAAAUUAUGUACAAAUUUUAUUGGCGUAUGUGUCGAAUGAAAUAAAAACGUUAGAAAGCAUAAAGGUGGAACAAAUAGUGAGUGAAAAGGAGUAUGUCGUCUAUUUAAACAGUUGCGUUGAAAUAAAACUUUUCUGA